UUUAACUGUCAAAAAACGCUUGAUGAUUUAUUUAGUCAAAAUUGAAACACAGAACGUGCUGUUUUGGUAAAAUAUUUAUUAACACUUACAUUCCAAAUUUGUUUUUGAAAUUUUGGACUCUUGUCAAGUACUCAAAAUGGUCUAUCUUAGCCGCCCAUGGACUCCCGUCUUCAAUCCAUACUACAUUGGCCCAUAUCCAAGCUGUUCUGCAUGCCCCUGUAACAUUGAUCUUUAUAAGAGAUAUAAGGGAUCCGGUCAUUGGGAGAGUCGUUGUUAUCACAGCUAUUGAUGAGAGGACCUGCUCAAGAGUCAAGAUAACCAAGAAUAAAAUGGAAAUGACAAAAAAGUUGCAGAACAUUUUACCAAUUUAUUAUGUAUACAAACACAGAAAUACUACUGAUUUAUGUCGACAAAAUGAAUCCAAUUAAUACUAAAAAAAACAUAAGCCAUAAUUCACAACAA